AGCGACACUAGCAGCGCACUGGAUCCCAGCUCAUCAAACAAUUUAAGAAGAAGAAGAAGAAGAAGAAGAAGGAGAAGGGACAAUGUUUGAAAAUGUCCCAACAGUGUCCUCUGCAGAGCGGCAGCAGGUACUGGGAGCUCUGGAGCGUCUUCAGUCCAAACUGGUCCAGAGGGAGGAAUGGACUCACAGCGAUACUCUGGGGAACCUGAGAGAGACGCUGCAGAGUCCUCUGUUCUCCCACAUCCUCACCCUGCAGCACUCCAUCAAACAGCUCCGCCAGCAGCUGAGCACGAUGCCUCCAGACUCCUGCAGUGAGUUCAGUUUCUCUCAGAAGGGUCAGCUGAUCAUGACCUCCGGUAACCCCGCCGACCGCUUGGCUCCGCCCCCUCCGUCCUCCUCCUCCGUCCUGACCAAUGGCUCGGCUCCGUCCGUCCAUCAGACUCCGCCGUCCUCUGACCUCCUGCAGAGAUGGAUCCUAGAGGCCGCCAAGGACCGUCACACAGAGCUGGUCAGUCUCACUCGGCCGGUCUCUGGAGGUUUUGGGUUCAGCGUGGUCGGUUUGAAUCCUGCAGGAAGCAGCAGCCAGGGAGUGUUCAUCAAACACAUCCAACCAGGAGGCCUCGCACACAGGGACGGGCGACUGCAGGAGCGGGAUCAGGUCCUGGUGAUUAACGGCAGUCCUCUGGAGCCGGGGAUCAGCCAGCAGGAGGCGCUCUCUCUGCUGCAGCAGCCUGGAGACACUGUGGAGCUGGUGGUGGCCCGGGACCGGCCCCUGAACGCAUCGUCAUCAUCAUCAACAUCAUCAUCACCACCGCCGCCAACGCUGCCCGCCAUCAGCACGGGUCACUGGGGCCACGUGGAGGAGAUCGAACUCGUCAACGAUGGAUCCGGUUUGGGUUUCGGCAUCGUUGGAGGGAAGACGACGGGCGUUGUUGUUCGAACGCUGCUGCAGAACAGCGUCGCUGAUAAGGACGGGCGUCUGCGGACAGGUGACCACAUCCUGCGCAUCGGGGCGACGCCCACCAGCGGCCUGACCAGCGACCAGGUGGUCAAGGUGCUGCAGGGUUGCGGGAGUCACGUGACCAUGCUGAUUGCCAGGGAUCCUCGGGGUCAGAGGUCAAUGCCCCCACCUCCCCCGCCACCUCCAAACUCCGCCCCCGUCUCCCACUUGCCCCCCCGACCUCCGGAUGUGACUCCCCAACGGCGGCCGAGCAGGACGCCCAAUCUGGAGGGUUUUGAGAUCCACGAGGUUCCUCUCAUAAAGAACGAGGGUCAGAGUCUCGGCAUCUCCAUCAUCGGCUACAACGCUCUGACCAGCGAAGAUGCAGUCGGUGUGUUUGUCAAACACGUGGUUCCCGGCAGCGCAGCGGACCACAGCGGAAACAUCCGAGUCCACGACCGACUGAUUGGUCUGGACGCAGUCAGUCUGCACGGUCUGACCAAUAAGGAGGUUCUGGAGGUGAUGAAGCAGACGGGUCAGACUGUGGUUCUCACUGUGGUCAGGAAGAAAACCAAAACCCUGGAGAGAUCCCUGGAUAAAGUGGAGAGGGAGUCGUUUCGUGUGUCGUUGCGUAGAUCGCUGGACGUCAAGAAUCGCUCGUCUACGCUCGGCUCCUCGACGAAGCUCGAUCAGGCGUAUCUGAACUCAGCACAGCUAAACAGAGCUACAGAUGCAGAACUGAGAGCCAAAUGGGAGCAGGCUCUGGGUCCAAACUACCAAGUCCUGGUGGUGAUGUUGGAUCCUGUUAUUGAAGACGAUGCAGAGCUGCAGAAAUCCUCCAAGCUGCUGCCCAUCCACACUGUGCGUCUCGGUGUCGAGUUGGACUCCUUCGACGGUCAUCACUACAUCUCCUCUGUGGUUCCUGGAGGCCCGGUGGACAAACACGGAGCCUUGAGACCAGAGGACGAGCUGCUGGAGGUGAACGAUGUUCAGCUGUAUGGAAAGUCUCGGAGGGAGGUUGUUUCCUUCCUGAAGGAAGUUCCUCCUCCCUUCACUCUGGUCUGCUGCCGACUCCCGACCUCUGACCUGGAACCAGAACUGGAGUCUGAACCUGAGUCUGAGCGCGAGUUAGGACCGGGACCAGUACCAGGACCAGUAACAGGACCAGGACCGGGACCAGUACCAGGGCCAGGACCAAUACCAGGGCCAGGACCAGUAACAGGACCAGUAACAGGACCAGGACCAGUAACAGGACCAGGACCGGGACCAGUACCAGGACCAGCAAGACAAGCAGAAACCAGCACAGAAGAGAUUGAGCUGAAACUUUCUUCUCUGCUCUGCGGUUCGUCCAGCCUGAGAGACGACAGCAGUGAGCAGCAGCCGGUCAGACAGGAGGAGGUGUUUCCAAUAGAGGAGGUGUUUCCUGUAGAGGAGGUGCUGAAGGAGGAGCAGAUUCAACUUAACCUCGAGGAGGAAGAAGAUGAAGAAGAAGAAGAAGAUGAGGGGGAGCUGGCGUUGUGGUCUCCGGAUGUUCAGGUGUUGGAGCUGCAGAAGGAGAGAGACAAAGGCCUGGGCUUCAGCAUCCUGGACUAUCAGGUAACAGAGCUCCUCACACUCACACUGAGUUAAUUAUCUCCCCGCGGUUGGUUGGUGGAGGA